UCGAACUAGGUCACGUGGGUUGAUAGCCAUGCCAGCUGUCUGGUUUCAUGCAGCAAGUCGAGCAUAAACAAGAUGGCAGCACUUUUCAAAGCUAGAAAAGCCCUGGGCAUUUGUGUCAGUGGCUGUAGGUCUCUGUCCUCGCUAGCUGAGCUACCAGAGAUGCACCAAAUGAUGAGACAAACCUGUAGAGACUACGCAGACCGAGAGCUGGCUCCUAUUGCUGGCAAACUAGACAAGGAACACCUCUUCCCUGCCCAACAGGUGCGCGAGCUGGGUGCUAUGGGGGUGAUGGCUGUGGAGGUUCCUGAGGAGCUGGGAGGAGCAGGAAUGGACUACCUGGCCUAUGCUCUGGCCGUGGAGGAGAUCAGUAGGGGCUGCGGCAGCACUGGAUGUGUGGUCUCGGUCAACAAUUCUUUGUACAUAGGGCCGAUAUUGAAGUUUGGAACACAGAAGCAGAAGGAACAGUGGAUAACUCCCUUCACGACCGGAGAGAAAGUUGGCUGCUUCGCUCUGAGUGAACCAGGUAAUGGUAGUGAUGCAGGGGCAGCGUCUACGUUAGCCAGACAGGAGGGAGAGGAGUGGGUGUUGAACGGGACUAAAGCCUGGAUUACCAAUUGCUGGGAUGCCUCUGCUAGUGUCGUAUUCGCCACCACUGACAAGUCACUCAAACACAAGGGUAUCAGUGCAUUCCUGGUGCCCAUGCCCCAUCCUGGCCUGUCCCUGGGGAAGAAGGAGGAUAAGCUGGGCAUCAGAGCAACCUCCACUGCCAACCUCAUCCUGGAGGACUGUAGGAUACCCCUGGGUAACAUGCUGGGGACACGAGGAUCUGGCUUCAAGAUAGCAAUGCAAACCCUGGACAGUGGGCGUAUAGGUAUAGCAUCCCAGGCUCUGGGUAUUGCUCAGGCUGCUCUGGACUGUGCUGCGGACUACGCUCACAAACGCACCGCCUUCGGCGCUCCCAUUGGCAAGCUGCAGGCCGUACAGUUCAAACUGGCAGACAUGGCUGUAGCUGUUGAAAGCGCUCGUCUCCUCACCUGGAAGGCUGCAAUGCUAAAAGACACCAAGAAACCCUUCACCAAGGAAGCAGCGAUGGCCAAACUAGCAGCCUCUGAGGCCGCUACCUUCUGCGGCCACCAGUCGAUCCAGGUUCUUGGGGGAAUGGGUUACGUGACAGACAUGCCAGCAGAGAGGCACUACCGCGAUGCGCGGAUCACUGAGAUCUACGAAGGCACCAGUGAGAUCCAGAGACUAGUGAUAGCCGGCCAGCUGCUGAAGGAAUAUGCACCAUAGAGACUUGCGAUUUAGUCCCAAAUGGCCGUCUAUUCCCUACAUAGUGCACUACUUCUGGACAGACUCCAGUGGCCAAAAGUGGUGUACUAUAUAGGGAAUAGGGUGCCAUUUCAGAUUGGCUCAUAACAGCCACUACACCCAGGGCUGCGUUCAGGACUGCAGUGUUCUACAGUGUUGCACAGUCUCAUCAGUGCUGGUCAGCUACUGAACUGGAAGGAAUGCCAGGCAUGGAGACAGGCUCACACAACUCCGGGUAGAAGUUGCCCUUAACCACAGAUCUAGGAUCAGAUUGCCCAACGCCCAAAUCCUAACCUCAACUGUUAUGGAGAGAACAUCUUUCCCUGGACCAAUGGGUAGGGACACCUUCUACCUACCACUCCAAAGGGACACCACCAGGCCUGGGUUCAGGACUGCAGUGGUGUGAAACACUGCAACUUGCAUCCCACAUCUGUUGACAACUUUGCAACGAUUACUAAACAAUCCAAGCUAUUUGUUACUUUUGAUAUCAACAUGUAGAUAUGUAUCUUCCUUUCUGCCUUAAAACAUUAUUAUUAUCUGCUUUAAACUAAUGGUAUCUGGUAACAUAAUAUAAGUUAGCGGACUCAUGUCCUCAUUGUGGAUAACCAGGGUGAAGAUGACUAGCUCUUUUUUUUCUUUCCAAAUCAGGAAACUGUCUUUCAUAGUGCCAGAGAAAGGUGCCUCCGUCCUUGGCAGUGAUCAGAUUGAAAUGUAUUGUAUAGAACUGACAUGCGCCUCAGACGAGCAUAGUAUGGAAUCAUUUCAGUUCUGUUAAUGGCAUUUCUGUCUGCAAUGUCCAGUAUGCGGCUGCACCCUCCUGAGCGUGACCCUGUCGUCUGUGUGAGGUGCAGUGCCUAUUCAAGCCACACGAGGGCAGUGUCUGGACUGUCCUGCCUUCACCUGCAACGAGGAAAAUCACAACAACAAUGUCCCUUUGAACACUUGGAACAUGCAUUCCUCCCUGUUCUCUUCCUUGGAAAUAUUUAUUCACUGAAUUGGGUAGUUUUAAACAAGGAUUCUACUGCCUACUGUUGUUGCCUAACCUCAUCCUCAGGCUAGGCUGGUGGAUGAGACUAGUAGUUAGCUAUCACAAUGUUGGAAUAGGAUCAAUGAUUACUUCAAGCAGGGGGGAGAGAUGCAUUUUGGAGUUUUUAAACACACACACACCUCAGAACCGUCCUGCUCUGCCUGGUCUGAUGCUGCUCUCCAGGCUGUACAUGGAGAAUAAUAUAUUAUGAGACUGUUAUGGAAAUGUAAAAUGUUAUGGAACUGCAACAACUGGGAAGUGGUUUAAUGGUUUAACAUGUUUUCAUCUAUGGCUUUUAGUUAUUAGGAUUAUUGCAUUGCAUGUUAAUAUCAGGUUUGUGAGUGUGAUCUGUUCAGAUGAAACUGAAUGACGCAGCUAUACAGGACAUCUUGACUGUCAGAGGUCUAAAUGAUCAAAUGUUGGGUUGCGUAGAAAAUCUUUUUUUAUGAGGAUGCACUACAUAGCCCAUCAAGCUUGUGCCUCAACAAACUGCUGUUGUAAUUUAUGGUACAUAAUGAAAUUAAAAACACAAGAUCACAUGA